AUGCCGAAGAGAAUAAGACUACUAACUAUGAAGAAUAAAAUAAAGACGAAUAGUGAAGUAGAAUAUGAUGAUAAUAAAGAUAAAGAAGUGUCCACAGCGCGCGGUCGCCUCAAAGGUGCUUUGAUGGAAGUUCUAGGAGAUGAAUCUGAUGGAUCCUCUGGCCACAGCCCUGUUAAACGAGAGAGAAGAACCAGUCAAGACCCAUCAAGAGAAUAUGCAUCUGAGGAAGAUGAGAAAUCUGUAAGAAAACUGUCUCCAGCUAGGCAAUCAUAUGUGCUGAAACUUUUUGAUAGAAGUGUAGACCUCUCUCAGUUCAGUGAAGACUCGCCCCUGUAUCCUAUAUGCAGGGCAUGGAUUGCAAAUCAGCCGAAAGCCAACUACAGCAACUUUGGAAAUAAAUAUCCAGAACCUGAGCCGCAAGAGGACAGCGUGGACCUGCCUGGACCAGAGGGACCACAUAUCUCAAGAAUACCGGACCUGAUACCAGAGCAGAAAGCGUGUGACAAAGAUAAAAUCAAUUUGAACUAUCGUGAGGCCCCACCACCUUCCAAGGAACAGCUCCUGCAGGAGCACUUCGCGCGCUGGACUGCCGUGAGGAGUGCUUGGCUCGAGCAGGCUGCCAAAGUUGAGGAGCGCUAUGCCGACACCCAGCGGCUGUUGAACAGCAUCAAUGUCAAUGCAUUA